GAAAGCCUUCAACGGCGUUAGUUGUUGUUCGUUCUCGCGCUCUACGCCGUCGCACGCAGACCUUCUGUUUACCACCUCUGUUCAGGACUUAGUUUGGUUAAGCUUAUACACUGGAAAUGGAAACUAGUCAAAGAGAUGAGCUUGCUAGCUUCUUGAAUGUUCUUCCCCCUGUGGAUUUCUGUUGUGUUUAUGGUUCCACGUUGCACCCAAAUAACCAAGACAAGUCUAAAAUGGUGGACUACAUCCUUGGCGUCUCUGAUCCCAUGCAAUGGCACUCUGAGAAUCUGAAAAUGAAUUCAAAUCACUAUGCUUCAUGGAUGGUUCACCUUGGUGGAGCCAGGCUGAUUACUGGAGUUGCAGAUAAAGUAGGGGCUGGAGUUCACUUCAACCCAUUUGUCAGUUGGAACGACAGGAAGCUCAAGUAUGGGGUUGUUCGGAUGCAUGACCUAGUACAGGACAUACUCGACUGGAACAGAUUCUACUUGAGUGGCCGUUUACAAAAACCGGUUCAUUUGCUUGUUGAUAAUCUGGACAUAGAAGACGUGAAUUCUGUUAAUAAGAGAGCCGCUGUAUCUGCAGCCCUUCUUCUCUUGCCAUCAAAAUUCACAGAGGAAGAUCUAUACGCCAAAAUAUGCAGCCUUUCUUACAUGGGAGACUUGCGAAUGCUUUUUGCAGAGGACACUAAUAAGGUGAACAAGAUUGUGAAGGGGCAGUUUGAUCUUUUCCAGUCAAUGUAUAAGCCUUUUCUUGAAGACUUCAAGACCAAAAACUUGUUGAGGUUCUCACCUGCUCAAGCUAAUUUAGUUCAGGACUCUAGCCUUUCAGCAUCACGCUCUCUGGUCUCCUCUCUUCCUGCAUCAGUAAGAAGCCAAAUGGGGAAGUCACUUGGGGAAAAGAAAAUCUUGAGUGAGACCGGUAGAGUUUCAGGGGAAGUUUGUAUAGCUUCAAGAGAAGCAGCAGCGAAAUGUAUGGAGAAGAUAAUGAAGCGAAGGGUAAUGGUUUCAAGUGCAAGACAGGCUGUGUCUGGUUUCUUGGCUGCUGGAGCUAUUAAUGCAACAAUGUAUCUUUCACAGAAAAUGCGCAAAGCUUGGAAUUCUCGGUCAUGACUUUGCGAAAACUACACACGAAAGAGUUUAGAUGAACCAAGUUGCCACCAAUAGUUGACCUUUUUUUCUAAGUAAGAAUUUUUCUUUUUCUGUUGAUGCUUAUAUCCUCUGAUGAGAGAACUAUAGAAGCAUUACUACAUUAGCAUCAAUCUCCAUAUUAUUUUUAUGUUCUUCCUUGUGACUCGCACAAAAGAAAAUGAAGCUCAUGAACCCACUCUCGUUCUCGUCGCUAGUGUUUUGUGAUAGUCAUUACUCAUUAGAUAUCUUUUUUUGGUCAACGAGUCAUUAGAUAUCUUUUUUUUGAGAAAAU